AUGUUUUGUACGACCGGUUAUAAUGAAGCGAAUUUAACUAGUAAACGAUUUGCGUCCGACUUUACCGCUGCUCUUAGUUGUUGGCCGAAUCUGACCACUAUUACCACUCUCUGUGCGCCCAACAGCACUGCCUUCAUAUUGACGUCCAGAUCCAUGGGAAAAGUGAUACCGAAGUGGUCGGCGUCGGUCAACCACUCGCGACCCAAACCGGACCACUGUUUGGUGAUAACACCCACUCGGGAGCCAUCGCUGGCCGACCACACGGGGAACUCCACGUCACCGCAGGUCAGACUCGCGGUCAUACACGGCGACUGCGAUCGCAGGCAAUAA